AUGUUUGCUGGUCACGUCGGAAUUCCCCGAAUGCUCAAAUUAUUCGAUAAGUAUAACAUCAAAGCAACGUGGUUUAUACCAGGCCAUUCCCUAGAGACAUUCCCCGAAGAAUGUGCUAUGAUCCGUGAUCAGAACCAUGAAAUUGGACUCCACGGUUAUUCACAUGAAAACCCGACUGAUAUGACAUUGGAACAGCAAAAAGAUGUACUGGACAAGACGUUUAAAUUGCUCACCGAAUUCUGUGGAAAACCCCCCAGAGGCAGUGUAGCUCCUUGGUGGGAGACAUCGAAAGAAGGAGCUGAAUUACUGCUGAACUAUGGAAUUGAAUAUGACCAUUCUAUGGGCCAUGAAGAUUGUCAAGCUUAUUGGUUACGUCUGGGCGAUUCUUGGACAAAAAUUGACUAUACAAAAAAGGCCGAAGAAUGGAUGAAGCCUCUAAUUAGAGGAACCACUGAAACUGGCCUGGUAGAGAUUCCCAGCAACUGGUACAUUGACGAUCUGCCACCAAUGAUGUUUAUUAAGAACGCACCGAAUUCCCAUGGAUGGGUUAAUCCAAGGGACGUCGAAGAUAUCUGGAAAGAUCAUUUUGAGUAUUUUUAUCGAGAGCACGAUGAGUUUAUCUUCCCAAUCACAGUCCAUCCCGAUGUUAGUGGCCGUCCACAUGUCCUGCUAAUGCAUGAGCGAUUCAUUGAGUGGGUUAAUCAGCAUGAAGGUGUUGAGUGGAUGACCUUUGAGCAAGUAAGCGAUGAUUUUAAAUCUCGCAAUAAACCGAAGGAAGGUGCCCUUCUGCCUAAAAUGAGACAUGAAUAA